AUGCAAGGGUUUGGAAAAAUUAUUCUGCACUAUUUUGAACUCUUGGAAUCAAGUAUUACUCAUAUUUGCGAUAAGGAGCUCGCAUUGAAUAGAAGUAUUCAGCUUGAUCCAGAGAAAAUCCUCAAGAAUAAUUUCAAUGAAGGGUGCAUUGUGAUUUUAAAUCUCCUUCCGAACGAUUUUGAUGGAAUAAUGGCAUUAGUUACAGAUAAAAUCGUCAAGACUGCUGGAAUAAACGAAAAAACAAUACAAAAAGCAGAUGAAACAAAAUUUUCAACAUAUUGCGCUCUUGCAAGAAUGUGUUUACACCAUAUAAUAUCAAUUAAAGGCAACGCUAUAUUGAAAGGCCAGACUUUAAGAAUCUAUACAACCCUCGCUAUCAGGAUUUUUUCUGGCAUUAAUAUUCAGUAUUCAGAUUACUUUCGCGAAGCAUUUGAAUUGCUUUUUGCAUUCAUAGCAGACAACAAUGAACAAAUCUUCGAUAUAAUACUCCAAAUUUUUCUUAGCGAAUUUAAAAAACCAGCGGACCCUAUUGCAUUUCAAAACGCUUUAAACCCAUUCAUUAGGUUAUCAUACAGUACAAAUUCGUUUGGACAAGUUUUAACUCUUAUUGCUCCGAACGUAAAAGAUGUCCCUGAAAAUUGCAGACCUUGCAUCGCUCAAGCGUUCAUUGAUAUGAUGCUUUUCACUCUCAAAUGUCAUCCAUACGAAAUGUACGACUUGUUUAAUCAAGGAAAAGAUCUUAAACCUGCAGCGAUUAUUAUUUCGAAACUUGCAGAGUGGGAUCAACGUAGAUUCAGUAUAUCUUUUAUCGCAAAGGUAUCCUUGUUUCCUUUAUUCCCAAAUGCUAUCAAUAAUCAUGUCUUUUAUGACGAUUUCGAGCCAAUGGUCACUGAAAUACAAAAAGCAGACGCAAUUAACUCAAAUAUAGAAGCAAUGCUCAGAUCUCUCAAUUCUAACUUUUACUUAAUCGCACAAACGAAAAAUAUCGAAAUUUUUGGCAAACAUACAACUCCUCUUUUUAAUGCAGUCCUUGAUUUCAUAGAGCACACAAUUCGAAAGCUCCUUGAGUCAAAAAACCCUAUAUGCUACUCAUUACUCGUUAAUUACGGCUUGGCUUUAUACUUUCACGAUCAAAUUUUAUUUACAAAAAAAUUUCUUCCAAUUCUUAGAUUAUCAGUUUUUCCAUCUAAUGGUUAUUACUUUUGCAAGUUUAUUUCUCAUUUAUGUCGACAUACAGAUUUAAAUCAUUUUUCGUCCGAACUUAUCCAAGAAACUAUCAACGCAAUGGAAUUAAUGACAUCAGAAAAAUACUUUUCACCAUGCAUCAAACACAUUUUCAGCGGAUUCGAACAAUGUCCUAAACUAUUAGAACUUUUCUUUCACGAAAAGAGCUCCUUCAUCGGCAGUAUCAUAAUAAAAUGCUACAAUCAUAACAUUUACAACAUUUGUGCGGCUUUAUUGAAGUAUUUUGAUUUUGAAAGGAAAGAUACUCCAGUUUUAGAUGUCAAUCUUCUACAAAGUUUGAUAACUAUCACAUUUUCAUUCAGUUCACUUGUAAUUUUAUCAUAUCUCGACAAGUUUACAACAUUUUAUGAUUAUAUCCCUGAAGUUGUCCUACAAAUCGCACGUUUUAUCCUCUUUAAAUUAUCAGAUGUUAACGUUCUUGACCACGAAGAGCUUACUUCCAGUCAAGAAUUUAAAAUCGUCUUAAAUAACCUUGAAGUUACCGCAUUAACUCUCAUGCCAAGUAACCAAUCUCGAGUUUGCAAGGUUGCUGUUUCAAUUAUUGGCGAAAUUCUUAACAUUAACCGCCAAGCUUCGAUAUAUCAAACUUCAUCUUCGCCAAUUGAAGCCUACCAAGCCUUAGUUACUAAUUGCAAGAACAGAUCAUCAGUACAAGCACAACACAAGUACUUUAUGAAGUCUCUUAUGCUAAUUCAAAAGCCAUCAUCUGUAAUUCAACAAGCAUUCAAUACUUUGCUCUCUUAUUUCAACUCAUUGAUUAAUUUCAUGUCUCCUGAUAAAUGUAUCAUGGAAAUGCCAGUCAACAGAAUCAAUAAAAGCGAAUCUACAGUUCAAGAAGAAUUUCCAAACGUUUUAUCAUUAUUACUUUCAUUGAUGUCGCCAUCAAAAGAUACAUUAAUCAGUUUCAUCCAUAAUUUCCUAAAAUCCGAUGAUUUUAUCGGUCAAGUUGUUACAGAUUGUUUGUCAACAGCAUUACUUCCUUGCUUUUACACAUCAAUAGCACAAUUGAUGUCAUCAACCCUUGAUUUGAUGAAGACUAGUUCAGGAGCUUUCGAAUCCAACACUCAAAAUAAUAUUUACGUUAAUCAUGCCGUAAAAGUCAUGAGAAACAUCCUAAAACAACCAUAUUAUGAUGAUACACCAAUUGACACCAAGAUUGUUACAAAUUUCGUUAUCGAUUCAACUGCAUAUUGCAACACUCUUUCAAUUAUCGAUUUCCAUGUACUUUGUGGCCAUUUAAUUGUUGCUUUCCUAUCAAGACGCACAAAAGAAGUCGAAGUAGGUGCAAAAAGUUCAUUGGCAAACACAAUUGGAAUGUGGAUUUCUAAACCAGAUUUUUGUUUCGAAAACAAGAAUGCGACAGCUAUUUUAGUUGAUUCUCUCGCGAUGUUACUUGACGGUGUCAAUUUUGAUCCACAAAAUGAACUAAUCAGAUUUAAGUUCUUCAUUAAUAUCGCAUUGUUAGUUCUUAAACAACAACCGAAAUUGAAAGAUAAUUGUCAAAAAAUGUUGACAUGUUUAUUCAAGAACAAUUUAAAGAUGUCCAUCAUUCAUUCGAUGGAUUCUUUCUUUUCACCAACAAUUUCAACACGUGUUGUCUUUUUAUCUGCUAUUGCUGCUGCUCUUGCUCCUGCACAAAAUCAGAACGAAAUUAAAGAAGAAAAAUCGGAAUCUUUCAUUGAUGUUCUUUUUGAAACAAAAUUCCAACUUGUUGAAUCAAUAAUUGACCUUAUUCCUUUCAGUAAAUCAGAAGAAGUUGGUAAAACUCUUCUUGAAGCGAGUGUUUCCAAAAAUAUUCAUUAUGAAUUCGUUGAUUACAUGAUAACUCUUGAAUUAAAAGGAAUCCAAGAUGCAACAAAGAAUUCCAUUUUCAGAGGAAACGGAAUUCCUUCGAGAUUAGUUUCAUAUUUCCCAAAAUUAUUCGGCCAGCAAUGGUUGGAAUCAUCAUUCAAACCAAUGAUUUUGAAUAUCAUCAAAGAAAUUGAUCGUGGUGUCAAAUGUCAGAUAAAUCCAUCAAAAAUUACUGACGGAAAUUUGAAUUUGAAUCGUGACAAUUUUAGAAGUAUUUUGCUAUCAACAAUCUCCACUAUUUUGUCUGCAUUAAGAUCAUUACCAAUUCCUGUUGUUAGAGCAGCACAAAUUAUAUAUCAUAGAAUCAACGAAGUUUAUGAUGGACUUGGAAUUCAAAUUGUUUAUGGUUUUAUUUUCUUGAGAUUUAUUUUCCCAGCAUUUUCUGUUAUGUCUGUAUUAGGAUUACCAGGGAAUUUGUCUGAAGAAGCAAGAUCAUGUUUGAUGACUAUUUCUGCAAUUUUAAUGGCUACAAUUACUAAAGGAUCAUUAGAAGAUAAAGGAGAAAACUAUGCAUUUUUGGAAGAUAUCGCUUCUAAAUCACAAAUUGAUUUCCAAAACUCUAUUUUGGGGUUAAUCAAUUUAGAUGUCUCAGACCAAGGAUACGAAUCAUUCGAUGUUGAUGAAGAAAAAGUCACACAAAUAUUAAUACUUAACUUUCUUGAAAUCUUAAGACCUCUUGAAGAAAAAAUGACCAUGAUGACAGAAAACGAUGGUGUUCGUAAGAGUGCAGAAAAACUUUUAUCUCAUGUCCGAAAAUCAAAACUUGUUCAGAACAGCCCUCUCAACUACAUUUCCCUACAACCAGCGAUCUCUUCCAACGCAUUCAACAAAUUCAUGAAUUCAUCAUUCAAAAACGAGCCAAUGCAGUUGUUAGAACAAUGGUUUUACAGGGAUCCUUCACCAGAUAACUCAGUUAACUUAUUUAUUUUAGAUAAUGCUAAAUUACCAAAAGUUAACGAUGUUUCUGUCCUUGCAUACUUCAUCUUCAAAACAAUAUCAUCUCUGAAAAAUCAGAAUUUUUGGAUUUUAGCAGAUCUUUCUAAAUUUGAUAAAAGCAUGAUUCCACGUUUUUCAUCCAUCUUGAAAUACUUGGAAAUGGCUCCACAACAGAUGUCGGACAAUUUACAAUCCGUUUUUAUUGUAUGUGCAUGCAACAAAUUUGGAAAUUGGAUGACAGACCACAAAGAGAAAAUUCCAUUUUCAAAAAUCAUAUUUCCUAAAUCAAUUGAAGAGAUUGAGUCAAAAAUCCAUUUUAAACCUAGUUUGUCAACAAUUGCCAAAGAGAGUUUAAGUCAUUACGAAUCAGCACAUGCUGCAAAAUAUGAAUCAGUUACAGUUGUUGUUCUAAUUCAUCAAGAUACAAUCCAAAUCAUGAAACCAAUCCAAGGUUUUCCAAAUGAACCAUUCACUAUGACAAUAUUGAGAUAUGACACAAUCUCACAUCCUACGAGAACAUCAGAUGGCUUCAGUUUCGGUUGUAACCGUCAACAAUAUUCAUUUAUGAUUCCAGAAGGCUCUAAUUUAUAUUCAUUGUUCCAGACCGCAUUACAACGUGCUACACAGAAACAUUCUGUUUACAUCUCAGUUGAAGAAGAAAGUUUGCAAUGGUUAUUAGUUAUUAUUAGCUUUGCAAAUUUAGUUGAUUCAUGUAAUGAUGCAUCAUUGAAUUACUCAGCAUUCCAAGUCAUCAAUUCCACAUAUUUAAGUUACCCAUUCUUGCGUAGUUUGUCACCAAUCAACUGUCCUAUUUCUUUGAUGCCUCCUUCAUGCAAAGCAUUGGUUCAUCAAUUGGCAGAAGAUUUAGCGAAAUUAAAUGUUAUUGAAACAGCGAAUUUCAUUUACGAAUAUUUGAAAACAGUUCCUCAGAUACCAGAAAAUGUCAUUCCAGACACAAUUAUUUAUUUAAGUCCAUGGGUUGAGAAUCUUCGAAUUGAUGGCGAAGAUGUCAUUUGUUUCUCUAAAUUGAUCGAAUUCUACAUCAAAAACGAGAAAUCACAAGUCAUGUUCAACAACUUAAUAUGGUCCAAAUUUGAUGAUGAACGUUCAAUCACAUUUAUUUUCGAAGUAUUGAAUGCAUUACAAAACCCACAAACAAUCUCAAUUAUUAACUUCAUUUCGAAGUUGAACAUCAAGUUUUCUAGUGAAUAUUGGGUUAUCCGAUUCCCAGAGAACAUUUUUUCACAUGAUGCAAUCCAUAGUUUAUUGAUGGGUGAUGAAUUUUAUGCGACAGCAGUUCCAGCAUUGAUUUACAAGAUUAUUUGGGAACGCCCUAAAACAAACCCAACUAAACGACUCGAGAUGAGUCGCAUGUUAAAUAACAUAUUAGCAAUGCUCACAUUGCAUUCCAAUUUCGAUGUCCAGAUGUAUAUCACUAAAUUAGUUGAAUUGUACAUUCAACAAGAUGACGAUCAUUUCGAAAAAUGGGCUGAGAAUUUAUGUGCAUUCGGAAACAUAUUAGGUGCAACAUUAGGUGCACUAGGAAUGUUCACAAUCCGUGUUGAACUUUAUAAAUUGUUUGAAACACAAUUAUUGAAAAACAAUGAUGAACGUUCUAAUUAUAUUUGUGCCAUCUUUUGUUGUUCAUUUUACAUUGGAUGUGCAGAUCAAUUAGUUCUUUUGAUUCUCCAAUACAUUCAUUUUGGAUCGGAAGAGAAUAAUUCAUUGUUGUGUUAUUGUUUCUCUAUGUUAGAGAUGAGCGAACGAAUCUGUGCAUACAUGAUCUUGAUUUCCAUUGUUAUCUUAUUCACAACGAAAAGUAAUGCGGCACUUAAAUUGUUGAAUGUUUCUGCAUUCGAAAAUUCUAUCAACUCGAUGAUGUCUAUUCCAGUCCUUGCAUCAGUCGAGAACAUGACAGGAUUACCAUUAUUACAAAGACCAAUUUUUGCAUUUUCAAUCAUUGCCAGUGCAUUUGAUGAUAAUGAUAUUCUCACAGACAUGAUAUUACGUCUUAGUGUUUAUGACCCAGUCAUGGGUGUUUUGAGUGUCAUGUAUCAUCCCGAGAACAUUAUCCACGUUGAGAAUUUCGAGUGGAGUGAUGACUGGGCAAGCAUUGCUGCUAUUUCAAUCACAUUGUUGAUGAAACAUCCAGAAGUUGAAGAGACAUUUAUGCUUAUCAAGAAAUUCUUCCAACGCAACAAAGACGCAUUUAACUGUUUCAAUUGGUAUGUUGAACUUGAGAAACGAGGUCUUUUGAAGUAUUUAGAUGACGAAUUCAAGAUGGACGAGAUCCAAAAACUGAGUCCAGUUAAUCAACAUUUAUAUGAACUUCAUCCAGUUCUUCAACGUGUUUUCAAUGAAACGAAACGAACAUACAUUUCACAAGAGAAAGCGCAAGCAAUCAUUAACUCAUUGAUUGCUACUAUUUAA